AUGUCAAAAGAUAUUCGACAGCAGCUGGAGAAAGAUGAGCUUGAUUUGUGUUGUGAGUGGCUCAAAGUUAUGACAAUGCUGCAUCCGUGUUUACUGUACACAGAGAAGUACAACGAAAAAUUUGAGGAAUCGGCCCAGAAGCUCUGUGAGCAAUUUGGUGAAGAAUUUUCGAAACUGAAUCCCAUGAAAAAGGUUCCUAUGAUCAUAGAUGGAGAUUUCACAUUGACUGAAAGUGUAGGAAUUUUAAGAUACUUGAGCCGAGAGAGAAAUGUUCCUGACCAUUGGUAUCUUGCUGACAGCAAAAGACAGGCAAGAGUUGAUGAAUACCUAGAGUGGCAACAUACAAAUACAAGGAGUAACUGUUCACUGUAUUUUACUAGCAAGUUUCUGUUUCCAGCAAUGAAAGGAAAACAGCCUAAUCCUGAAACAGUUGCUAGACGAGAACAAAUAAUGGCAGCAACAUUAAAUGAAGUGGAAAAUAUCUGGUUGAACAACAAACCAUAUCUGGCUGGAGAUGAAAUCAGUAUUGCUGAUCUCCUUGGGGCAUGUGAGAUUGAACAAACUAAAAUGGCAGGCUACAAUCCCUGUGAUGGAUUUCCAAAACUCUCAGCUUGGUUAGAGCGAGUUCAUCGUGACACACUACCACAUUAUGACAAAGUUCAUGCGAUGGUUAGAAAGAUAACAGAGAAGUAUGGAGAUGUACCACAUCCUUCACUCACAAAGCUGUGCUACUGA